AUGGCAAGAAGAAAACGACAUCUGGAUGAGGGUAAUGACUCGGACUCGUCUGUCGGCUCAGAUGACGACGACAUUAAUGACUUCGGGUUGAACGAGAAUCCCGAUGAGCGCGCCGAACGCGAACUCUUUGAACAGCCGUACGGUCGCAAGAAACGCAGGAAAGCCAAUGGCAAAGAUGAUGCGACAUACGGGAUUUUCGGAGAAGACAGCGAGGAUGAGGGCUUUGGUGGCCGGGGAAAGAAGCCAGUGAAACGUAGCGACUGGACAAAAGCUCCUGCCUUCAUCUCAGGUGAGAAGAAGGUUGAUAUUAGCGAAGAGAAUGAGAAGGCCCAGACUGAGCCCGAGAGCGAACCCGAGCAGGAACCCGAAAUCCAGGAGGUCAGUAUGAGUGAUAGCAAUGGCGAUGAAAGCGAGGCGGCCUCACCGCCAGCAUCUCCACGUGUCCGACUGGAAGAUGACGAAGCGGAAAUGGAUAUUGCUCCCCGAAUUGGUGGAAUCGGCUCUAAGCAUAUGGCUGAAGGUGGCACAUCAACUCCAUCGUUCUCAUCUUCAGGCAUCGGAUUUGGAACUGGUGGAUUUGGAAUAAGUAAAGGUGGGAUUGGGUCCAAUAAGGGCGGAAUCGGUUCAUCAAGUCGUGCAGAACCUGUGGUCGGCGAUGCUCGCUCGAGUCUACCUUCGGCAUUCGGUGCUUCUCGACCUCAACGCUCGUUUGUUCGUGAUGGAUCUGGUUCCGCACCUGGUACGAGACCGUCUACUCCGCUCAAUGCCGCAGAACAGGUGCACUUUACCAAGCUCUCUGGCACAUUUGGAGCGAAGAUGUUGUCUAAAAUGGGUUGGCAAGCGGGUCAGGGUCUCGGUACAGAGGGGCAAGGUAUUGUAGCGCCCGUCGAAUCGAAACUACGCCCGAAAGGCAUGGGUAUUGCAUUCAAAGGCUUCAAAGAGAAGACGGAACAGAGUAAGGCGGAGGCUCGCAGACGAGGAGAGGCGGUGAGCGAAGACGAAGAAGAAAUCUCCAAGAAACACCGCAAGAAGGGUAAAGCAAAGGAUCAGGUACCAAGAGAAGAUGCAUGGAGGAAACCUAGGAAAUCCAAGAUUAAAGUCGAGCAUAAGACGUACGAAGAGAUUAUUGCUGAAGCUGGUGGAGAACCUCCACCCACAGGUAUUGGGAAGAUCAUAGAUGCCACUGGUGCAGAGCUUCGAGAGGUGUCAUCUCUGGCAGAUGUCUCAAUUGCAUCUUGGACGCCAUCUACGGAUCCUAUGCGACUACCUGAAGUACGACAUAAUUUGCGGCUUAUCACCGAAGCUUGCAAGGUCGACUUGGACGGUCUCGCUCGAGAAGCGAAGGCUCUUGAAGAGCGUAAAAAGUGGAUUCAGGCAGAGGACCCAAGGCUGAGAAAGAAGAUCGAGGGCGAAGCAGAGCUUAUUCGCAGACUCCAGGCUGUCCACCUCGUUGUAGAUGAUAUUUCUACCAAAGCAAAAGAAGCGGAUCUGUCGGACUACGAACCUUCACUCGAUGUAUUCUCUGCGGUCGUUGAAAAGCUCAUUUCCGAAUUCUCGAAGGAGUAUGAUCGUUAUCGCCUCGACGAGGUGGUCGUUGGUGCUAUUGUUCCUACGUUUCGACGAAUGAUGGCUUCCUGGAGACCCUUGGACGAACCGACUGCUUUCACUUCGACACUUCGUAGAUGGAGGCAGGCCUUCAAGAUGACAGUUGUCCAGCCUGAAGCUGAUAUGCAAGUUGACGUGUACGGCACACAGAGAGUUUCUCCAAGGCCACUUCAAGUAGACGUGCCUAUGACGCCAUAUGAGAGCUUAUUAUGGAACAUUUGGCUACCUAGGAUCCGGUCAACAGUCAAUAACGAUUGGUCACCAUCUCAUCCAGCAGCACUGGUCAAACUAUACGAGGCCUGGUCGGAUGUCCUUCCUUUAUUUAUCAAAGAUAACAUAUUGGACCAACUCAUCCUGCCUAAAGUUUCCUCCGCGAUAUCGAAUUGGAGCCCAAGGCGAAGCGAAAUAUCGUUGCAAGCGAUCGUCUUUCCGUGGUUGCCUCAUGUCGGAUUGCGGAUGGAGAUGUUUGUUGACGAUGCAAGGAGGAAAGUUAAGAGCAUGUUGCGUAGCUGGACUCCAAGCGAAGGUGUUCCGAAAGAUUUCUUGCCAUGGAAAGAGAUCUUCAACGCGAAAGACUGGGAGGAUAUGCUCCUCAAAUAUGUCGUUCCAAAGCUCGGUGCUCUUCUACGGGACGAAUUCCGAAUAAACCCACGCAACCAAGAUAUGGAGCCACUCAAGAACGUACUUGCUUGGUCCAGCAUCUUACGAUCAAGUAUUACCGGACAACUACUCGAGACGGAAUUCUUCCCAAAAUGGCUCGACGUACUGUACAUCUGGCUCAUUCAGCCAAGUGUAAACUUCGAGGAAGUCGCACAGUGGUAUCAAUUCUGGAAGACUACGUUCCCUGAGGACGUGCGCUCUAUAUCUGCAGUUGAAGGCGGAUUUACGCGCGGGCUGCAAAUGAUUAACCAUGCGCUUGAGCUAGGACCAGAAGCGCCUACGAAACUACCAAAACCCGAUCAUACACGCCGUCCAGAUACGGAUAGCAAGCCAAGCAUGCCGAAGGACAAGAAAGACACAGCGACGGCGCGUGUACGUCCAGCCCGAGCACAGGAAAUCACGUUCCGCGAAAUCGUUGAGGAGUUUGUCACGUCGCACAACCUAUUAUUCAUGCCUGCGGGCAAAGUACACGAAAAGUCGCGUAUGCCACUAUUCCGCGUGUCAAAGAGUGUGGAUGGGAAGGGUGGUUUACUUGUAUAUCUUUUGGAUGACGCGGUGUGGGCACCUGGAGUCGAUGGGGAGGAGACUAGAGCCAUCACGUUAGAAGAUAUGGUUCUGAGGGCGGCGAAAGGGAGAUGAUAUUGGCCAUUAUGAUGCACGUAUAGUUUCAUGUAAUUUCUUAGAUAGUCAAUAGGACUGAAUUAAU